UUCUGAUAUUAGAAAUAUUCUUUUUUGUCGUUCCGUGUUUUAGUAAAGGGCAUAAUACAUAGAGAUAACAGGUGUGUGUUAACAUGAGAAAGGUGUGAUAUCUUAGAGAGAAAGGUGCAAUAAUAGAGAGAGAAACCCUUGAUAAGUAGAAGUUAAAAAAACUUUUGUUAUUUUGGUAGAUGUUCGAUAAAGACGGAAACGGAACCAUGAGUAUAAAGGAAAUUGGAGUGGCUAUGAGAACUUUAGGAUUAAAUCCAACAGAAGAUGAAUUGCUCAAUAUGGUUAAUGAAUAUGAUGUUGAUGGGAAUGGAAUUGAUUUUAGUGAAUUUUGUAAAAUGAUGAAGGAAAUGAAUAAAGAAACUGAUCAAGAACUUAUACGACUUGCAUUUCGUGUUUUUGAUAAAGACGGGAAUGGGUAUAUUACUGCACAAGAAUUUAGGUAUCUUUUAAAUAAAUUAGCUGAUAAUUUAAAUACAGUAUGCCAAAGAUAAUACAGUAUGCCAAAGGGACCGAUCUUUUUCCGCUUUUCAAGUUUCUUUUCCGUUUUCUCCUCUUUUUGAUUUUGCCGAUUUCGGCUUCCUUCUUUUUGCGCGCUUUUUAUCAAGAAUUCUAGAAACACCUCUCUCUUCCUACUA